AGGAGAAAUGUGAAGCGCAUGCGCCAUGUGAAGGUUUUGCUCCGCGCAUCAAUGCAGCAAUGUGCUAGUUUGAGAGAGGAGGCGACCGGGCAGCAGGUGAGAGAGAGAGAGAACGAGAGAGGGGAGAAGAGAAAAGAGGGAGGGAUAGUUUUUUGCACUUCAACACAGACGGUGUGGGAGGACGACGCGCUUGGAGCUUCAGAAAAGCCGCUGUCGUUCACACGCUGUGCUCUUUUCCUCCCCCUGGCACCGUGCGCGCUCGCCAAGCCGCACUGUUUGGAGAUAGUCCGCGCGGAAAGUUUUUGGAGCAUAGAGUCUGGAGCCGAUCAAUUAAUGUUUUUAUUUAUUUUUUUCGGUGAGGCGGAUGAAUGACUUAAUUUUUUGAGAGUGGAGACUUUUAAUUCGAGUUGGGGAAUUGUCUUGAGUCGUUUUUGUUUUUUUGCGCAGAAUGGAAGGUAAAUUGACAAGUCGUUUGUGGCGAGGAUCACCGUGUGGAUCUUUCCGCAGGCAUAUCCCAAGAGAUUCCGGGGAAAACGAAAAAAAGAAACUCCGGUACUUGCCUUGAGUGCAGCGGAAAAGGAAAUCUUAAAUCACCUGGCCUGCACUGUGAUUAUUGGUUUGAUAUCGUCUGCGGAGAGUGGAUUACGGCUUCUAACGGGCUGUGCUCCCCGAUCACUGGCAGUAUGAACCUGGGGCUAGGCUGUGUGCGUCGGCCGAUUUGCUGGCCCUUUGGCAGCGUGUUGGACUCCAGACACUGUGUCUUUGCCCUCACACUCCUCACUCUCCUCAUGCAGGUGGUGGUGGAGGCCAACUCAUGGUGGUCUCUGGCCAUGAACCCUUUACUAAUCCCAGAGGCCUACAUCAUCGGCGCCCAGCCUCUGUGCAGCCAGCUGGUGGGCCUGUCGCAGGGCCAGAAGAAACUGUGCCAGCUCUACCAGGACCACAUGCAGUACAUCGGUGAAGGUGCCAAGACAGGCAUCAGAGAGUGCCAGUACCAGUUCAGACAUCGGCGCUGGAACUGCAGCACGGUGGACAACUCCUCCGUUUUUGGACGGGUCAUGCAAAUAGGCAGUCGAGAAACGGCGUUCACGUAUGCCAUAAGUGCCGCCGGAGUGGUGAACGCCGUGAGCCGGGCCUGCAGAGAGGGUGAGCUUUCCAGCUGUGGGUGCAGUCGUGCUGCUCGCCCCAAAGAUCUUCCCCGAGACUGGCUCUGGGGCGGCUGCGGAGACAACCUCAACUAUGGCUACAGGUUCUCCAGGGAGUUUGUGGAUGCCCGUGAGAGGGAGAAGAGCUUCCCCAAAGGCUCACACGAGAAUGCACGGCUGUUGAUGAAUCUUCACAAUAAUGAGGCAGGACGGAGGAUUGUGUCAGACCUUGCCCACGUGUCCUGCAAGUGCCACGGAGUAUCAGGUUCCUGCAGCCUGAAGACCUGCUGGCUGCAGCUGGCCGACUUCCGCAAGGUGGGCGAUGCACUGAAGGAGAAGUAUGACAGUGCCGUAGCCAUGAAACUCAACUCGAGAGGAAAGCUGGUGCAGAUGCACAGUAGGUUCAACCCUCCCACGAACCAUGACCUGGUGUACAUCGAGCAAAGUCCAGACUACUGCUUGAAGAACCAAAGCACAGGCUCUUUGGGCACAGUGGGGCGGCUUUGCAACAAGACCUCAGAGGGCAUGGAUGGGUGUGAGCUGAUGUGCUGCGGCAGAGGUUAUGACCAGUACAAGGCCCAGAUAGUGGAGCGGUGCCACUGCAAGUUCCACUGGUGCUGCUACGUCAAGUGCAAGCGCUGCACCAAAGUCGUAGACCAAUUUGUCUGCAAGUGAGAAGAAGAGUGUUGCCUGUGUGUAUUUGCUUGCAGAUAAUGGGCAUAAAUCUGUGUGUAGUCAUGAGCACAGAGAGAAUGGAAGAAAGAAACUAUAUAAAUUAUAUUUAUAGAGUUAAACAAUUAUGCCAUUGCAAAAAGACUUAAAAAAUCAUGUCCUCAGAAACUGAGAGUAUUGUGAAAUAUUUAUUUUCAGAUUGUAAUGUUUUAUUUUGGCCCGCUCAUCAGCAGAAAACUUAAAUCUUUCAAGUGCCUAAAUCUGGCUGGAAAUUUUAUACCACGGUUCCUUUUAACUGUUUUUUGUUUUGUUUUGUUUUUUUUGUUUGUUU